GCGUUUUUUUUAUUUUUUUUUUACUUUUUUUGUUUUCUGCCGCUGCGGCUCUUGUGGCCCCCGUGGCAGACAGGCUGUGCUCAGGCUGGUCUGACCGUCUGCCGUCUGCGCUUUUGCGAUACUUAAUGUUCCGCUGAUGCCUGGCUGUCAUCAAUUAAGCAUCUUCAAUGUUCUAAUCAUUUCGUUUCUUUUUCUAUCACUCUCCUUUGUGAGACUUCAGUCAUCUUCUUUCUUUAAUCAGCGCAAUGGUUCGAGUCGCACUUUUCGCCGCGGCGACAGCCUUGCUAUCCAUAGCAGCCGCUGUCCCCGCGGUCAGACCAUCAGAUGUAUCUUCAACAGAAGCAUCUCAGAUGUUUUCCGAUACAGAUGAUUACCCCAUCACGAAUCAAGGCAAUGUCAUCACCCACGACCCCAACAUUCUAGAAUACAACGACAACCUAUACAUGUUCAAAGGCGGAGUCCACAUCACCAUCAUGAAAGCCCAGAAUAUCUCCGGACCAUGGACUGAGCACGGAACCGUCCUCGAUGCAGAUAGCGUCAUUGACAAGGUAAACCGGACCCGGCCAUGGGCCCCCACAGCCAUCCACCACAACGGCAAGUUCUACUGCUUCUACUCCGUCAGCUAUACGGGUACUCGGGAUAGCUCUAUCGGCAUUGCGACUACCGAUGACAUUGAAGGCGGGGCUUGGACCGACCACGGCGCGUUGAUUAACACCGUCAAGGGAAAGCUGUCUCAUGUGUUCCCGUAUACCGAGAGCAAUGCCAUUGAUCCGUCGUUCAUCACGGACCAGAAAACCGGGCAGCCAUAUCUGGUGUAUGGGAGUUACUGGCAUGGUAUUUGGCAGGUUCCGUUGACGGAUGAUUUGUUGUCUGUUGCGGAUCCUGAGAAGCCGGAUGCUGAGAACCUGGCGUAUCUUCCUGAGCCCAAGGUCAAGCCGCAGGAGGGAAGCUUCAUGAGCUACCAUGAGCCGUACUACUACACAUGGUUCAGUCAUGGUAGAUGUUGUGACUACACACACAAUCCUCCGAAGAUCGGGCAAGAAUACGAGAUUCAGAUGGGACGAUCCAAGGAUGUCCGCGGACCAUUCGUUGACAAGUCUGGUAAAAAGCUUACCGAGGGUGGUGGGACAGUCGUGUAUGGGUCGAACCAUGGUGUCGUCUACGCUCCUGGAGGACCUGGUGUGUUGCCUGCAAAUGGCAGCCGUCCGGACAUUCUCUACUAUCACUACUUGAACACUUCUAUUGGCCUUGCAUUCAAGCAAGCGCAUUUGGGUUGGAGUUAUCUCGAUUAUGAAGACGGCUGGCCUGUUGCAAAGGAAAGUUUAGAGGAUGUGAAGGACAGCGCAUCCAGCCCUCGAGUGACCUACAGCUCCAACCUUCUUAUCAUAACGUUCAUCUCGGCGUUUCUUUGGAUCUCCCAUUGAUUUAUCCAGUACAGCGAAUUUCUCUUUGGUAUAUAUAUUGGCUGGGGACAUUUGAGCGAUGAUACCAGGAUGCAUUAUAGAACGGAGCGUUUUGAUUUUUGAUAUACCAUUAGCGAAUGGCGUUUGGAAAUUGUACAUUCUUCGAUUUCAAUUGGAAUUUAUCAUUUUUGAAUAUAU